AUGACGGUCUACGGUCAGUCCGACAUAGUGUCGUGUCGUUCUUUCCCCACCUCUCUCAAGGGACCCGCAGCGCUGUGGUUUGAGAAACUGAAGCCCAACUCGAUUCGAAGCUUCACAGAGUUGGCCAAGGCCUUUGUCAGCCGCUUCCAGAGUAGUGUGAAGCAGAAGAAGACCGCAACCAACUUGCUGGCAGUCAAGCAGCGCUCUGAUGAGUCCAUCAGAGAUUAUAUCGCCCGCUUCAAUGCGGAGAGCUUAGAGAUCAAGGACCUGGACGAUGCAAUGGCCUUCAAUGCCUUGCACAAUGGGGUCACCAACCACGAUCUAGUGAAGUCGCUUGCGCUGGAGCCGGUAACGACCAUGCCACAGCUACUGGAUCACUACUACCAAUACGCCAACAUGUUCGAUAUCAUGAAGGCAAGAAAAGUAGUGGAUGGCAAAGUCCCUGAGAAAAAGAGGGCAAGCGAGAAGGAUGAGAAGAGGAAGGACACCAAGAGAGCGAGGUCAGACAGGGACCAAAGCCCUGACUACACCCCGCUUAACACCACCAGGACCAAGAUCCUCAUGGAGGUCUACGACCGGGGCCUACUGCAGUGGCCUAGACCAAUGUUCUCAAAUCCUGAGGACAGAAACAAGAACAAAUACUACAAGUUCCACAAGGAUGUCAGGCAUGAUACCAAGAACUGCAGGCAAUUGAAGAGAGAGAUAGAAGAUGUGAUCCAGAAGGGUCACCUGAAGCGGUAUGUGAAGGAAGACGCAAAGGACAACCCCCGAGGUUGUGACGCCGUAAGGAACGAUCGGGGAAGGGACGGCAGAGCUCGUAGAGGAGACGAUUGA